UAUGUCACAUAAUGUAACUCCGCUAGUUUAUCAAAAUUGUAUCACGUUUUUUUAUUUAAAUCGUUUAAAUGGAGGGUUUUAUUUUUAGUUUACGUUUAAAAUAAACAUUUUAAAAUUAUUUAAAUGAAUUAUGGCAAGAAAAGGUGACAAAGGUUCAAAAUUUGUCAAUUAUGGGGAUGAAAUCGACUAUGAUGGUACAACAAAACCAGCAACCAGAAAGGGUUCACCGUCAGCAAAAACACAAAGUACAUAUAAUGGAGAGACGACUAAUGGUUAUGGCCCCAUACGUCCAACCAAAAAUAAAUUUAUUUUAAAGUUUUAUGAAAUUGCUAGCUUACAAGGACGUGUCUCAUAUUUUCUACUCUCGUUUUAUAUAAUCAAUCCAAGACAUUAUGACAGUUGGUUUGGUGAUACCAUUCUAUAUCCAUAUUUAUUGGCAAACUGUGUUUAUGGUUAUAUUUUUGUAAUAUUUACUCGAAUUCAUUUUAUGACCAUGCCAAUACUUCCCAGAAUGCUAUGGAGUUUUAUGGGUUCAAUGAUGUUUACUUAUUCAUCAUUAUUAACUUUUGAAUGGAUUGCCAGACAUUGGGGUGCAAAAUCACCAAAUCGUAAAGUAUACAUUGCAACACUUUUGAGCUUUCUAUAUGGACGUGUUUAUGCUGGAGCAUUCUUAUCAUAUUUAAGUUUUGUUGAUAACAAAUUAUUAUCAUUUGUGCGUCGAGUUUAUGGGCCAGGAUUUGAUUAACAUCUGUUUGGAUUAAAGUGUGUCUUUUUGGAUCUAAUUGAACCAAAACUUCUCAUUCGUUAAGAAUGUAACCUAUUGUAAUACUUCAAUAAUUCUACGCUAGAUGGUACUGUUUUCUUUUUCAGAUUGUGCA